AUGUCUCUGAUUUAUGUUUACGUUUAUAACGCAGAUGGGCACUGCUCCCGCCCCAAUGAUACACUCGGACCCUCAGAGCUGAACCGUUCGAACUAUCAGCAGCAUGUUGAAGUAAUGCGUCAGUACUGGCAUAGGAUGGAAUGUGGCAAUGAGACACCUACAUAUAUUGACAGAGACUGUUGUAUCUCUUGGUGUGAGCAGUUGACUUCUUUUUUCAGUCAGGCGUCUUCUUGGAAAGAUCGCUGUUUUAAAAUGUGGCGAUGCAGAAAAAAUGAAAAAACUCGCAAGCAGUUUUCUAUGAUAAUAAUAAUAAUAAUAAUAAGGACUUUAUUUAUAGAGGGGGACAGACAAAUACAACGGACUCGUCGUAUUUGGGCACAAUCAAAGUGAAACGGUGCUGGAAACUGAAUUUUUUGGUCAUCAAGCUAACAACAUCAAGCGAGGUAGGUGUAUUUGAUUUUCUUGUAACAUUUUUAAUGCCUAUUGUUGUUGGUCCUCUAAUUCCACCCUUUAGAGAAUGUCAAACCUAUCCCCCUCCUGACCCCGGAGCGCGUAGUUAUCGAUAUAAGUUCGACUUUCACGCAGAUCACGCAAAGCUCGAAAUGUAAUCGCGAGCACUUUCUUUCUUAAGUUAUCAGUAUUUCCUGUGUUAUUUAUAUUCUUGUACUCAGUUGUUCCGUAUUAUCUUCGUAACACUUUACUAAGAAACCACUAGCAAUAGCUUGUAAAUAGAAGAGUUCGAUCGAGUCAUCAUAAAAUUAAACUCCUCUUAAGUUUACUGCUGGUGCCUUGGUUAAUGGAAGCUCAAUUUUCCUCAGAUUGUGUAACCCAUGAAUUUAUUGAUUCCUUUAAGAGCUAGGUUACUGAAAGUUUUGUCUAAACAAACCACUAACUCAGUCCCCAGGAAGGAAACUUGUUGACACCAUUCUAAAAGAAGUGACCAGCUCUUCUGGAAAUAAAGUAACUCAAGAAAAAAUGGAACGCACUUUCCUCACUGUCACUGAUUUGGAGGAGUUCAUUGGGAAUUAUGCUCAAAAUCGCCUUAAUCAAACCGUACCUAAGAUUGACAUCCGUGGUAAACAUGCAGGUGAGUAGAUCUUAAAAGCUGAUUUGGAAGUUUUCUUGGUUUCUAAUUCGGAGUUCAGGAUGAAUACAUGCAUCAUUCGUGGCAGAUUUUCGAAACAUUUGCAAACACUACUACUUAUUCGACGUUUUGGGUGUAAACUUUGUCUGUAGCAACCCUUUAUCGAAUCAUUUCGCGACACAUGAACUGUCUUGGACCUCUUUUAAGGCAGUUUGUAACAGGAAAUUCCUAUUGCACGUCAGUUAUCUGCGAUUCCAACAACUCUUUCUAUUGCAUAUUUUCUUUAAUAUCAUUAUAGUUAUGAAUAACUCAUAAAAGAGGGGAAAAAUGGAUAAAAUGAAUAAAUAAAUUAUGGAAAUAAAAAUAAGAAACCAUUUGAAUUCACUGUAGUGAUAUGUUUUUUUAAUUUAAAAAUGGUGACCAGCACUUUAUCUGACAAUUGAACAGAAAACACUCCUUUGACUGAUGAUCCUUGCAAACUACUUGCAGUUAAUAUAUUACUAAGUGAUGGAUUCCAGCAUUUUAGUCCUAAAACUUUUGAGGACGAUGACUUGAGACUGCUACGAAAGCAUCUGCAUUUAUUUCGGCCCUAACUUAAUAUAAGUCGCGGUUUUGAAUUUAGAUAUUUUGGUCAGGAAGAUUUUCCACAAAAAUGAGACUGGAGUACAAUUUGAGGAUGAUAAAGGAGAAAACUAUGUCAGUGUCCCUGUUACAGGCUUGGAUAACGGUUAGAGAGCUAUAUCUUUUGUUUUGUUUUUUUUUUAAGCAUAGAAAAUAAUAUAUUUUUGUCGUAUUAUUCAAAUUAUUCUAGCGAUUAUCACUGUUAUUGGUUAGAGGGGGGCUGGGUUUCAAGUUAUAACAAACAUUCAAACCGAAUGGCUGAUAUCUUAAUCCAGUUGCUUUCGUUUUCUUUUACCUGUUUAUGUGUCCUUUGGUCGAAAUAUUUCAUUCUUAUUACAAAGUUGGGCAUGCCAAUGAAACACACCGGUAAACUUACAGGGUCUUUACACCGUGAUAACUUGUCCUUUUUUCGCAAUAUUCUCGUAGCAUUAAAAUUGUUCUCAUUAUUACAUCUUAGGAUCAGUUGUACUUUGUGUCAUUUACAAAGAUCUCCAUGAGGUAUUCCAAACAGGCCAGACUGACUCUGCUCCUGUAAAUAAAAUCAGGUUUGCUAAAACUUAGUAUUACAUUUAGUAUCUUUCAUCUCAAAUAAAUCUGCUUUGGUGUGCUAAUAACCUACAUUAUAGGCCAUGUUCAUAAGUUUCCUCGACCUCGACUUGGGUUUCUCGUUUAUUUUAGUUUCUUUCGUCUUGAUUCUGUUUUCCUGCCUUUUUAUUAAAUUUUCUUUGUUUAUUUUGUCGGUCUGUUUGUUGGUUAAAUUAUUUUUCUUUCUUUUUUUUUCUUUUUUUUUCUCGUUUGUCUAUCAACAGUAAUAUCCUGUCUGCAACGAUAUGGCCGAAGAACCACACUCUCCGGAAGAAUGUUACGUUGAGAUUUCGAAACCUAGCGGUAAGUUACAAUUUAUCAAGAAAGAGUUGCAUCUGAAUUCGUAACUUUAUCUUUUGUUUUAAUUUGAUCUGAUUUGUUUCUUCUUCUUCUUCUUCUUCUUCUUCUUCUUCUUAUUAUUAUUAUUAUAAAUAUUAUCAUCAUCACUAUUAUCUUUACUAUUAUCAUUUCUAUUGCUAUUAUUAUUAAUAACAUUAUCAUCGUAUCAAGUCAAGGUCCUUUGUAAACAAUAUUUACAUGUAUCUAAAGUGGUAAGGAGGGCUCUGAAAAAUUCCGGCGAGAGCACUCUCACCUCCACAUCAGCCAUCGAGUCGCUGUACUAGAUAAUAAUAACGGUACUUUACGGUUUUAGGAUGCACCGAACAGAAGCUGCGUGUUUUGGGAUACUUCAAAAAACAGGUAAACAGCUUUGAAUAAAAUUAAGAGAUCAUAGCAGCUACGAACACUACUGUACUAGUAGUUGAAAAUAGGACCUGAAAAAAAUUUAGGCCCCUAUGGGAUUUGAACCCAUGACCUCUGCGAUACCAGUGCAGCGCUCUACCAACUGAGCUAACUAGCCAACUGAGAGCUAGCCAAUGUGUUGGGUCCAAAUAAACCAUCCAAGUGAUGAAUGAUGAUUUUAGAUAUAUGAAAUUCAUAUAUUUGCACUGCGAUCAAGAACGGAAAUUAAGAGAUCAACGCAGCUAGGCUAAGAACACUACUGAACUGUUAGUUGAAAAUUGUUGGUAGAGCGCUGCACCGGUGUCGCAGAGGUAAUGGGUUCAAAUCCCUUGCGGGCCUAACUUUUUUUUCAGGUCCUAUUUUCUGGUACAUCACAUUGUGUGGUCACCUCUUAUUCCUUUUUUUAUCCUUCUCAGGCUUCCGCGUGCUCAGCGGUCUAUAAAGCUGGCAGUUGUUUUUUUUUUUUUGCUCAUUUGGAGUCUAAAGAUCAGAGAAAAUUUUAGAUCAUCAGACAACUUUCAUUAUCUCAACUUUCUGUGCCAUUACACCACGAUAUGUUACGUAGAUUCCUUCCUUUUUCUUGCGAACAGUAUCUUAUUUAUCUCAAGAUCAUCCAUCUAUCGAGACAUUUGGUAUUAAUGAACUAAUUUCCUUAUUUCCUUCUGAUUCUGAGAGUUUUCUGCUGUCAUUCUAGUUGGUCAGGACAAGGGUGUCUCCUAACAUCGAGGAACGAAUUUUAUACCGAGUGCAGCUGCAAUCAUUUGACUCACUUUGCAGUUCUUAUGCAGUUUGACAGGGGAACCAGCAGUAACUUUUUAAGUAAGGUAGGAAUAUUGAUAAGCAUAUACAUACAUUGAUUCCAGAAGGAACUUAGACUAGACAGCAUUGGGGUAAAUGGUGUGUAGCCCUCUUCCGUUAUCGGUAUUGAAUCACUGUUUUUGCAUUCAUUUUUAAGACUGACGAAACAGCUCUGGAAAUUCUUACAUAUGUGGGCUUGUCUUUUUCUCUGGUUGGAAUCACUUUAACAAUCAUCAGUUAUGCUGUUCUUACGUAAGUACAUGACAUAGUUCCACCCAAGAAUUCCAAAGCAAGCUGAGCAUGUAGACCAACAAGAGAUUAUAUCAGUUUAAAUGUGUAAAGCUUAGAUUUAUUUAAGCAGUCAAGUAGAAUCAUAAAAAUAUAAUCAGACUUUGUAUAAAAUGAGAAUAGAACUGAUGUAGAAUAAAAUCAGUUGUUUAUUUUUGAUUAGAGACAUGAGGGGACCUUUAUCUCAGAUUCGAGUGAGUCUAGUCGCUUCACUUGGUGCAGGUCAAAUUAUCUUCCUAACUGGAAGUGGUGCUGUUGAGAACAAGGUAAGAAGAGAAUCAUCACAAUCUUUAUGACCUUAAUCCAAAUCUUAACUCAACUUUUUCAUUCCUGUGCAGUCUGCCUGUGUUACAGUAGCAGCGUUUGUGCAAUAUUUCCUAAUGGCCGCUUUCUGCUGGAUGUUGAUCGAGGGAGUUUAUCUCUACCUGUUUGUUGUAAAAGUUUACAAUAUCAGCGACAAGAUGAAGGUUUCUCAUGGAUUUUCAUGGGGUAACUAUGAAUUAAAAACCCAUUCUCUAUUUGAUAAUCUUUUGAAAAGUAAGACAUUAAUUACCAUGAACAUUACCAUCGCCAUUAUCAUCUUAGAUAUCAUCAUCAUUUGACUCUGUUGUCUCUUCGAAUUUCGAAUCCACAGGUCUACCCGCCGUCGUUGUUUCCAUAUCGUUGGGCAUUGCAGCAGGAACCGGGCCAGGGAUUAAAAGCUAUAUCAGUGAAAAUUUGUAAGAAGUGAAUGAUUUUUCCUCGUGUGAUUUCCCUGUCACGAAUCCUCGUUUUAUGUUGUACUUUUUUUGCUUGUUUCUUUGUUUUUUUUUUGGUUUAAUUGAUUGGUUUGUGGCUGCUGUUGUUGUUGUUUUGUUAUUUCUUUGUUGCUUUUUAUUACUAGUCAUCAAACCCGAUAUGGAGGGUAUUGCGUACAUGCAUGCGCAAAAAAAUUAUUAAUUAAUCGAUAAUUUAUCAAAGUUUCGGAUACUUUUUUAUUCAGCUGCUGGAUGUCAUCCUCUAACGGCAUGAUCUGGAUAUUUGUUGUAUUCGUUCUACUGAUCGAGUUGGUAGGUUAA